AACUCCUAAUAAGGUGCCAUGACCCCCUAAAAUCAAGGGAUAUCUUCUCCUUCUGCUCAACAACUGCUUCCUCCCUACUUCUUAGGCAUACCAACGUUCUUUGACUUGGUCUUGAUUAGUAUCCAAUGCUUUUUAGCGGAUUAUCUUCCGAGCUUCAUAAGUACUUGCUGUAGCUGCUACCUGAUGUUUCCUAGCUGCGUUCCAGGUGACAGUGGCAAUCACCCUACCUGCAUAUUCCAGCUUAGGCAAAAAUUAGGACAUAACAACUCGUAACACCCUGAGAAUGAAAAUGGCGAGAAUGCAACGAACAUGAAAUCCUCUUACAACUCCAAUUUCUUACGCUUGCUUUCCUACACAAAACAGCUAACAUCUCACGUUAAUCAAGGCCGCCAUGAACAAGCUCUCUCUCUCUUCCAUCACAUUCACUCAACACUUGCUCUCCCACUCGAUCCUUAUGUCUUCCCCCUCACUCUCAAAUCCUGUUCAGCCCUUCAUCGCCCACUUCUUGGAACUUCAAUACAUGCCCACUUAACCAAAUCAUCUCUUCUAUCAAACCCAUUUGUGGCUUCUGCGCUUGUUGAUUUUUACGGGAAAUGUGUCUCUUUGAAUUCCGCACGCAAAGUGUUCGAUGAAAUUCCCCAAAGAAAUGAUGUAGUAUGGAAUGCUAUGAUCUCUCUCUAUGUGCACUCUAAUAAUCUUUCCCUGGCACUGAGGCUGUUUGAGUCCAUGGAUGUUGUUCCGAGCAUUUCUGCGUUCAAUUCGAUCAUCGAUGGUUUGUCAAGAGUUGAUGAUGGGUUUUACAAGGCUCUUGCAUUUUAUAAAAGAAUGCAGAGUUUUGGGCUAACGGCGAAUUUUAUCACUGCCCUGGCUUUGCUUUCUGCUUGUGCAGGCAUAGGGGCUCUUAAGCUGAUUAAGGAAAUUCAUGGAUAUUCACUGCGAAAUCAUAUUGAUCCUAAUCCUCAGCUUAGGAGUUGCCUUGUAGAAGCAUAUGGGCGAUGUGGAUGUAUUGAAUAUGCUCAUCACGUUUUCUAUAGUAUGAGAGAGAGGGAGCGAGAUGUAGUGGCGUGGAGUAGCUUGAUAUCAGCUUACGCGUUGCAUGGCGAGGCCAGGAAAGCAUUGGAGAUCUUUCAUGAUAUGGAAGAUGCAAAAGUACAGCCGGAUGGGAUCACUUUAUUAGGCGUACUUAAAGCUUGUAGUCAUACAGGAUUGGCUGAUGAAGCAAAGGGAUAUGUUGCAAGAAUGCAAGAGGUUUACGGCGUGGAAGUAACUAGUGAUCACUACUCUUGUUUGGUGGAUGUACUAAGUAGGGCAGGGAGAUUAUAUGAAGCAUAUGACGUCCUGGCAAAAAUGCCGAGAAAGGCAACUGCAAAAGCUUGGGGUGCGCUCUUAGGGUCUUGCAGAACUUAUGGUGAGGUGGAGCUUGCUGAGGUUGCUGCAAGAGCAUUGUUUGAGAUAGAACCCAAUAAUGCUGCUAAUUAUGUGUUGUUAGCUAGAAUUUAUGCAAGUGCUGGAAGAUAUGAAGAAGCGAAUAAACUGAGAAAGGAAAUGAAAGAAAGACAAGUAAAGAUAGCACCAGGUAGCAGUUGGGUUUAGUUUAAGCAUGAUUCGAUUUCGAGUAGAGUAAAUUGGUUUCCGAGUCGGAUCGAGCAUGGCUCUGCUCAACAACGACUCACUGUAUAAGCAUCACUGAUUGGUUGUAGUAGAUCAGAAAUCGUCCCCGUGAACAAGUUACUUAGGGCAUACAAUGAAGUACAAGGAUUUUCCUAGUUUGCCUCCAACGUCAAUUUGGUUGUCUUAUGUGAAUACUUGAUAUGCUUCCAGUGUGCUAAAUCUGGACUGAGCUUGAGGAUUGAGCAACAAGAAAAAUCCUUGUUUGGGUUUUGCCAACACGGAUGUAAUUCUUCAUGCAUUCAUGUUCUUAUAGUUUUCAGGCCACAAAUUAUUUAGGGCAACCAUUGUGUGUUUGCUUUAAGGCUAAAAGGCCUUGAAUUAAUAAGUUGCAAAGGUAAAUACAUUAAUCCCCAACAAGAGAAAAUCUCUAGCUAAACGGUGAAAUUUACAUGCUAGCAAGUAGCAAGUUUUGGUUUAA